CUCUCUCACUCUCUCACACUCUCUCUCGCUCGAGCCAUGGCGAACUCCUCCUGCACCAUCAGCUUCUACGACCUCAACUGCACCGGCCCCAGCCUCUCGGUGCGAGACCGCUCCAUCGUCCUCGCCCUGGUCGCCCUCGUCAACGCCACCACGGUCGCGGGCAACCUCCUCCUCAUCGCCACGGUGGCCUUCUUCAGACGCCUCCGUUCCUGGCCAAACGUCAUGGCCCUGUCGCUGGCCGUCUCCGACUUCCUCGUGGGUACACUCGUCAUGCCCCUGGCCACGGUGAAGGCCGUGUACAGCUGCUGGUUCUACGCCGACCUCCUCUGCCACUGGCACUUCUUCCUCGACUUCUCGCUCACCACGUGCUCCAUCCUGCACGUCGCCUGCAUCGCCUACGACCGCUACGUGGCCGUGUGCGAUCCCCUGCGCUACGCGGCGCGCGUCACCGAGCGCACCGUGGGGGCGAUGCUGGCGCUCUGCUGGCUCGGCGCCGCUCUCGUCUCCGUGCCGAUCCUCUUCAGCCUGAGCCCCGCGCUCUCGCCCAACACCAUCCACCGCAUCCUCUGCCCCAACGAUUGCUUCUUCUACGUGCACGGCCUCAUCAUAUUCGUCAUCCAGAUGGGGCCCUACAUCGCUUCGGUGGCGUUCGUCGUGGCACUGUACGGGCAGAUCUACCGGGCGGCCAGGCUGCAGGCGCGUCGCAUUGGCGGCGGCGGAGGAGGUGGAGGAGGAGGAAGAGGAGGAGGAGGAGGGAAAUCGUCAUCGGCCGAAGCGACCGCGGCGGCCAAGAGCGAGCACAAGGCGACUAAGCAGCUGGGGAUAAUCAUCGGCUGUUUCCUGCUGUCGUGCCUGCCCUUCUACCUCGUGGACGUGGUGUCGCUGGUGGACGAGGCGCUGUUCGUGCCCUACAGGAUCACCGUGCUCAGCGGCUACAUAAGCUCGGCGCUCAACCCGCUGCUCUUCGCCAAGUUCAAUCGCCAGCUCAGGGCCGGCUUCGCCAUGGUGCUCCGGGCUCAGCUGUUCCGGCCCGGAGCGAGAGACACCGACUUCAGAGGGGGCGGGAGACGCGGCGAGUGA